GGGGCAGACCCGUCGCUGCCAGGCGCAGGGCAGGAUGCGGCCCCUCCUGGUGCUGUGGGUCUCGGCGCUGCUGGGCGCGCCGGGGGGCUCGGCCUACGGCUUCCGCAACUGCAUCCAGGCGGCGCGGGACGCCGGCAGCUUCCGCUGCAUCCAGCGCUUCCUGCGGGACAUCGGCAGCGCCGUGGGCGACCUGCCGCCCGCCGCCACGGCGCUCAACGUCUCGCACAACGCCAUCCGCCGCCUGCCGCCCCGCGCCCUGGCCCACCUGCCCCGGCUGCGCCGCCUCGACCUGGCCUUCAACCAGCUGCAGGCGGUGGAGCGGGGGGCCUUCGCGGGCCUGGGGGCCCUGGCCGCGCUCGACCUCUCCCACAACCGCCUGGCCGGCCUGGCCGCGGGCGCCUUCCAGGGGCUCGGCAACCUCUCCAGCCUGCUGCUGCACCACAACCUGCUGCGCGCCCUGGACGCCGGCGCCUUCCUGCCGCUGCUCGGCCUGCGCUCCCUGGUGCUCCGCGACAACCGCCUGCGGAGCUUCCGCGAGCUGGCCGGCAGCGUGCGGGGCCUGCGGCGGCUCCGGGACCUGGACGCCUGCGGGAACGGCCUGACGUGGCUGGGGCCCGCCGGGGCCCGCCUGCCCCCGUCCCUGCUCGUCCUGCGCCUCUGCAACAACUCGCUGGCGGGCGUCGGCGGCGCCAGCCCCGACCUGCUGCGCCACGUCAGGGUGCUGGACCUCUCCUACAACAACAUCUCCGACGCCGCGUCCUUCGCCCAGCUGCGCCUGCGCAACGUCAGCCGGCUCCGGCUGCUGGGCAACCCGCUGGACGUCUUCCGCGUGCUGAACGUCUCCGACGUGAGGCCCCGCAGCGUGGACUACUCCGGCCUGGCGCUGGGCACCGAGGGCGUGAGCCGGCUGUGCCGGCGCCUGCGGGGCGCGGGGCUGCGGCAGCUGCAGCUGCACCGCAACGGCAUCCGGGCCCUGGCGGAGGGCGCCCUCGCCCUGUGCCCGCCCGUCGGCAGCCUGGACCUCUCGUGGAACGAGCUGCGCUCGGUGGGCUGCGUGGCGGAGCUGCUGAGCCGGGGGCAGCGGCAGGGGCUGCGGAGCUUGGCGGUGGAGCACAACCUCCUGAAGCGCCUGCCGACCUGCGAGGCGGGCGCGCUGCUGCCCCGCCUCUACAACAUCUCCUUCCGCUUCAACCGCAUCCUCGUCGUCAGCCGCCGCGCCUUCGGCUACGCGCCCGGCCUCCGCGUCCUGCACCUCAACAUCAACGGCAUCGCCGACCUGCAGAAGGACGCGCUGCAGGGGCUGCGCAACCUCACCGAGCUGCGGCUCGACAACAACCUGCUCACCGACCUCUACCAGGCCGGCUUCGCCGACCUGGGCCGCCUCCAGACGCUCAACCUCCGCAACAACCACGUCUCCGUCCUCUUCCCCGACGUCUUCGGCAACCUGAGCCAGCUGCAGACGCUGGACCUGGGGGGGAACAACAUCCGGCACCUGACGGGCGCGUCCUUCCGGGGGCUGCGCAGCCUCCGGAAGCUCUACCUGGACGGCAACCGCCUCCAGGAGAUCAGCAGCGACAUCUUCCACCCGGUGCAGGCCACGCUGGAGGUGCUGGACCUCAGGGGCAACAGGCUGCAGUACAUCACGAAGCAGCAGAGCCAGCAGCCCCCCUUCAUGUACCUGCACCGGCUCUACGACCUCAAGCUGCAGGCCCAGCAGCCCUACGGCCUCAAAAUCAUCCCCCACAGGUUCUUCCAGGGCCUCACCGCCCUGCGCUCCCUCUUCCUGUCGCAGAACAAGCUGCUCUUCAUCCCCUCCGACGUCUUCGACGACCUGGCCCAGCUGCGGUACCUGACGCUGGCGGACAGCAGCAACGGGAUGCAGGACCUGCCGCCCGGCAUCUUCAAGAACCUCACCCGCCUGGAGUCCCUGGACCUGGAGAACGUGGGGCUCCACUCCCUGACCCUGGAGGUCUUCGGCAACCUCAGCCGCCUGCAGUCGCUGCGGCUGGCCAAGAACGAGCUGCAGACGGUCAACCAGAGCGUGGCCCAGCGCCUGGGCGCCCUGCGCUACCUGGACCUGCGCAAGUGCCCGCUGAGCUGCACCUGCGAGAACACCUGGUUCCAGACGUGGCUCAACAACAGCCGGGUGCAGGUGGUGUACCUCUACAACUACACCUGCGACUCGCGGCAGCAGCCGGCCUACGUGUACAGCUUCGACACGCACGUCUGCUUCCUGGACGUGGGGCUCUACCUCUUCUCGGGCACGGCGCCGGCGCUGCUGCUGCUCAUGGUGCUGCCGCUGCUCUACCACCGGGCCUACUGGCGCCUCAAGUACCACUUCUACAUCCUGCGCUGCUGGGUGAACGAGCGCUGGCGGCGGCGGGAGGAGGAGCGGUACCGCUACGACAGCUUCAUCUCCUACAACUCGGCCGACGAGGGCUGGGUGCUGCGGGAGCUGGUGCCCAACCUGGAGCGGGGCAGCGGCCGGGGCUCCUUCCGCCUCUGCCUGCACCACCGCGACUUCAGGCCCGGCAGGAGCAUCAUCGACAACAUCGUCGACAGCAUCUACAACAGCCGCAAGACCAUCUGCGUCAUCAGCCGCAGCUACCUGCAGAGCGAGUGGUGCUCCCUGGAGAUCCAGCUGGCCAGCUACCGCCUCUUCGACGAGCUCAAGGACGUGCUGGUGCUGGUCUUCCUGGAGGCCAUCCCCAACGCCGAGCUCUCCGCCUACCACCGCAUGCGGAAGGUGAUGCUGAAGAAGACCUACCUCAGCUGGCCUCCGGAGCCCGAGGCCCAGAGGCUCUUUUGGACGAAGCUUAAAAAGGCCCUGAAGAGCAACUACGUGGAGGAAGAGGAGGGAGACUUUGGGGAGGAAGACAAGCUGCUGUAGGCGGUGGAGGCAGCCCAAAGCCUUCCUCCUCCUCGCUUUGCAGCCUCUGUGCCCCCGGAAAGCAUCCGGCUCCCGCGCUGGGGGUUCGGAGGCGGCUGGGCGGACGUGCUGAGGAAGGGAGCGGGACGCCACGGGCCGGGUGGUGCUGGCCGCUGCCGCGCCACGCUUCAGCGUUCCCGGGGAUCCCGCGGACCUUAAGGACGGCGGCGGAGCUGCGGCUGGGCCCGGGCAAGGCUGGGGAGCUGCCGGGGUGCGGGGCCGCCCGGAUAAUUCCCGCUGCCCGGAGGAGGCAGCUGGCGCAGCCGGGCUCACGUGCCGACCCGGCGUGCGGGCCAGCGACAUCCCCAUGCAAAGCCGCCAGGCCAGCGGGCGCUGGGGGGGACAGCACAGAUCCCGACGCGCGC